CUAUGAUGUCGCAUUUUCUGUUAACCUAAGAUUUAUAUGUCAAAAUUUUAGUGUAUUAAGAACAUUCAACUCAUAAUUAAUCAUCACAAUAAAAUCAUAACAAAAUGGAUAAAACAACAACAGCUUUACAUCUUAUUUUAGAAAGCGGAUUUCGGGUAGGAAUAUGGAUUAUAUUUUUAUGGUUAGAGAAGUUUACUCCAGUAAUUCGUCACAUAGAUGAGGACGAGCUGUGGAUGUAUCGCUACCCCUCUGUUGAUAGUUAUUUUCCCAGAAGAUAUUUGUAUGCUGUCAUGAUUUUGGUCCCAUGUCUUAUAUAUUUAGGGCACUAUUUAAUAUAUAGAAAAGACCGAGCGACGAUUCCGGAAAUAAUUUGUAGCGUUUAUGGUUUGACAUUAGCAUAUUGUAUUGAUGCUUUGUUGACUUCUGUACUAAAACUAAGUGUCGGCAGACCACGACCUAAUUUUUAUUUCAGAUGUUUUCCCGAAGGGUACGGUACUGAUAUAGAUAAUUGCGAGGGCGAAUAUCACGGACAAAUGGACGGAAGGAAAAGUUUUCCCAGUGCACAUGCUACUUUUAUUUUUACUUGUAUGGUGUAUAUGAUACUUCAUAUCCAUAACCGCCUGGAUUUAAAGAAACCUCUAUUUUUGAAAGGAAUUAUAAUCACGUUGAAUAGUGGAUUAUUGAUAAUAGCAUUGCUAGUUGCAGCUAGUAGAACUGCUGAUUACCAUCAUCACUAUUCAGAUGUCAUUGGAGGUGCUAUGAUUGGUUCCACUACUGCUUAUAUUAUUCAAACUCUUUACGCUACAAAAGAUGAAAUAUUACAUGAAAAUAUUUUAAAAAUUGUACAAAGAGAGAAAUAACAGUAAGAGAGUACAGUAUUUUAUUUAAAAAUAAUAAAGCCGUCUAAAAACAA